AUGGAAGAAUUUGAGUGGCAGGAAUCUAAAAAUAUUGAGGGAAAAGAUUUUGAGAAAGUAAACACUGAUAGUUUCAAUGAUUUCGAAGAAUUUACGAGCUUUACUCAAGAAACUAUUAUAGGGAAAGGGGAGUCGCAUGAAGAAGAUUUCGAUGAUUUUGCAGAUUUUAUAGAUAGUAGUGAUGCAAAUGAAACUUCAGAAAAUUUUCAAGGAGAUUUAAAUAAUAAUUUUGAUGAACAAAUUUCGAACAUAUCAAAUUUAAAUAAGCAUCAAGCGGAUUUUCCCAUAACGAAUAAUCAAACUUUGAUCGAAGACUUAAUGGGGGUAUUGGGUAAUAUUUUUCGAUCAAAUGACGCCGUGUCGUCAACAAAUCAAGAAGAAUCUAUGGGUGAUACCGGAUUAGAAGCCAUAUUAAAUACAUCAGGAAGGUUGGUCAAAACACCAGUCAAUAUAAAUGCAGCGACGAUAUCGGUGUUAUCUCCGCAACCAUCGCGACUUGCAUCAAAAUCAGCGAGUUUAUCAGCGCCAACUAGUCGAUCUACCACACCUUCAUCUAAUAAUAAUCUUUCUAGUUCCUCUCAUGGAAAUCUUUCUAAAAUAAAUAAUGAGACAUCACAGGAGAUACCGAAACAAUUUGACGUUGAAUUGGCCAAAUCAUUAUGUUCAAUACCUGAAGAAUCUCUACAAAAACAUAGUACAUCUGAAUUAUACUCGCUAAGAUCACAAAUUCUUUCAUUAACACGUCAAACUUCGGACACUCUUACAUAUUGGUUGGAUCAACGCGAGCAAACAAUGAUGGAUUCGGAAACGUAUAACCAAAUGAUCGAAUGCUUGGUUGGUCACGCGCAAAAGCUUCGUGAUGGUGGAGGUACUCAAGGCAAAAACAGUUGGGAAAAUCGAGGAAAAAAUUUUAUAAAAAAGAAUAGUGUCGCCAGCGGCUUAGCCUCUCUUAGCCUUUCUUUUAAGAACAAGAGAUCUCAAUUAAGUUCUCCGAGGUCUCCUAAAUCUGCUUCUUCAGAAGUUACGGUCAAUAAUAAAAACGCUAGUAGAAAUAGCAAUGGAAUGCAAGAGAGACCUCUUUCUAUGUAA